CGUGCUGCUCCUGGCGCCAACAAAGUUGCCGCUGCUGCUGCCGCCGCUGUGACCACCACCACCACCACCAACUUUACUUCCACUUGCACCUCCACUCUCAAACUUUUGACUCUAUCCGUCCGUCAGGUCCGUCUUCCGCGGCCGAAAAAAGAAAACAAAAAGCGCACAAGGAACAAUCGUGGAUUUUGGGGGAGGGUGGGGGGAAGUGCCUCUGUCGUGAGCCGGACUGAACGGACAGGGCCGAGGGGAGCGAGAAGCGUCGUCUCUCGCCAGGGAGACAUCGGAGCUCGUUGUAAACGCCGCUGCAAGAAGUUGCCAUGGCGACUGCCGACCAGAUGGAUGAGGAGACCGUCGGAGAUGAGUUCGGUGACCUCAUCCGCUCGCGCUGUGAUGAGAGGGAAGACGUGCAGAAGAAGACGUUUACCAAGUGGGUGAAUGCGCAGUUCGAUAAGGCUGGCAAGACGCCCAUAGAGGACCUGUUCACCUCCCUGCGCGAUGGCCGGAGGCUGCUCGAGUUGCUGGAAAUCAUUUUGGGCCAGAAGUUGUCCAAGGAACGUGGGACAUCGCGGGUACAUGCCCUGAAUAAUGUCAACCGCGCUCUGCAGGUGCUGCAGAAAAACAACGUGGAGCUCGUGAACAUUGGAGGCGCCGACAUUGUGGACGGCAACCACAAGCUGACGCUCGGCCUCAUCUGGAGCAUCAUCAUCCACUGGCAGGUAAAGGAUGUGAUGAAGGAUGUGAUGGCCGACUUGCAGCAGACGAACAGCGAGAAGAUCUUGCUGGGCUGGGUGCGCCAGUCGACGCGGGACUAUCGCCCCGUCAACGUCGUCAACUUCACCACCAGCUGGUCGGACGGGCUGGCCUUCAAUGCCCUCAUACACAGCUACAGGCCUGACCUCUUUAACUGGAAGACCGUUGCCAACCAAAUGACGGUCACAGAGAGGCUCGACAACGCCUUCAAUGUCGCCCAGGACCAUCUGAACAUCGCCCGCCUUCUGGAUCCGGAAGACGUCGAGACGGCCCACCCGGACAAGAAGUCAAUUCUCAUGUACGUGACGUCGCUCUUCCAAGUGCUCCCCAAGCAGGUGUCAAUGGAGGCCAUCCGAGAGGUUGAGACUCUCCCACGGGCAGUGGCGCCGGCCGGGGCGGAGGGAGAGCAGAGGUACACCCACCAGAUCACGGUUAGCCUCUCCCAGAGCAAUGUCACGGCUUCCCCAAAACCUCGCUACAAAACCUUCCUCUACGCGCAGCAGGCCUACGUGCUGUCCCCCGAGAGACAGAGGCGGGGCGUCCCGUCGCAGAUGGUGACGUCGGAGGAGGAGGAGAACACGAGCUCACGGCCCGAGACGCCCAGCACCAUCACGGAGCUGGAGGGCGAGGUGGACCUCGAGAGUUACCAGGGCGCCCUAGAGGAAGUGCUCACCUGGCUGCUGUCCGCCGAGGACACCCUGCAGGGCCAGCCCGACAUCUCGGCCGACGUCGAGGAGGUCAAGGAGCAGUUCCACGCGCACGAGGGCUUCAUGCUGGAGCUGACGUCGCACCAGAGCAGCGUGGGUAACGUGCUGCACGCGGGCAACCAGCUGCUGGCCGAGGGCAAGCUGGGCGAGGACGAGGAGAGCGAGGUGCGCGAGCAGAUGAACCUGCUGAACUCGCGCUGGGAGAGCCUCCGCGUCGCCAGCAUGGACCGCCAGUCGCGGCUGCACGAGGUGUUAAUGGCGCUGCAGCAGAGGCAGCUGACGGAGCUGGCGGACUGGCUGAGUCGCACGGAGGAGAGGAUCCGCAAGCUCGACACCCACCCCAUUGGGCCCGAGCUCGACUCCGUGAAGGCGCAGAUCGAAGAGCACAAAUCCUUGCAGUCGGACCUGGAGCAGGAGCAGGUGCGUGUGAACUCUCUCACGCACAUGGUGGUGGUGGUGGACGAGAACUCGGGAGAGAACGCAACAGCUGCCCUCGAGGCCCAACUGCAGUCCCUGGGGGAGCGCUGGGCGGCCGUGUGCCGCUGGACAGAAGAUCGCUGGCGCCUCCUGCAGGAGAGUCUCGUGCGGUGGCAGCAGUUCACCGAGGAGCAGGUGCUGUUCGAUGCCUGGCUGACUGAGAAGGAGGAUGCCCUCAGCAAAGUUCAGACUGGGAACUUCAAGGACCAGGCUGAGAUGGUUGCGAAUGUCCGAAAACUCGCCAUCUUGAAGGAGGACAUGAGCAUGAAGCGGCCGGCGCUGAGCAAGCUGAGCAUACUAGGCCAGGCGCUGGUCACGGCCAUGGGCAACGAGACAACCGCCAGGGACAUUGAGAAGAAACUGGACGAGUUUGCGCAGCGCUGGGACAACCUGGUUCAGAAGCUGGAGGGACACUCCAAGCUGGUGUCGCACACAGUGAGCCAGACCCAGUCGUCGGUCACCCAGUUGACGGUACUGGAGACGGUGACGGUGAUCAGCAGCAGCAGCAGCAGCAGUCGCGAGCAGGUGCUGGUGAAGCACGGGCGGGAGGAGCACGUGCUCGCCCCGCCCACCAAGAAGCCCUUCCUCGACCCCGAGCUGCACAAGAGAUUUGACACCGAGGUGCAGGAGCUCAACAGCUGGAUCAGCAGAGCGGAGACCACACUCAACUCCCCCGAGUUCUCCACCUUCAAGAAGUCUGGCGACGUCUCGGACCUCCAGGAGAAAGUUAACGGAGUGGAGAGGGAGAAGGCAGAGAGACAGAAGAAGCUCCACGAUAUCCCGAACACCGCGCAGACGCUGGCCGAUCAGAUGUCACAAGACGGUGUCCCCACGGAGGAGGUUCAGAGGGUGCUCAACGAGCUAUCUACCCGCUGGGAAGCGCUCCUGCGGUUGCUAGGCGACCGCAAGGCCUGGCUAGUCUACCAAGGCCUGGUGCUGGAUUUCGAGCGCGACGCGCGCACCGCCGAGCGGGGCCUCGCCGGGGCCGAGGCGCUGCUGCAGCAGGGCCCGGGCGACACCGGCGACGCGGCACACCUGCGGCACCGGAUCGGCGAGCUGCAGUCGGAGCUGGAGAAAGUGCGAGGCAUGAAGGGCGAGGUGGAGAGGCUCGGCGUGCAGGCCAGCUCCCUGAAGCUCCGCGACGGGGCCCUCGCUUUCCUGGACGCGGAGUUCGUGCAGCUCAACAAGCGCUACGCGCAGGUCAUGUCUGAGCUGGAGGCGAAGAAGGGACAGCUGCAGACAGCCCUGGACAGCCUCCCUCCACCGCAGUACGCUGAGACGCUCGCAGCGCUCAAGGCCUUCCUGCAGGAUGCGGGCACUCGCCUCGGGCAGAUCCCCGCGUCACUGGGCGACUUGGAAGUCAUGGACAAACGCCUGAAAGAGCUAAAGGGGCUGUCAGCCGCCCAGCGCGAGAGACAGAGCUCCUUGGAUUCAGCGAGGGUCAUGGCCGAGGAGUUGAGCCGGCGAUCUCGCCCGGACGCCGCUCGCAAGCACCGCGCCGAGCUGGAGCCGAUCGUGGAGCGGUGGAGCAAGCUGUCCACGCAGCUCCCGGAGAGGAUGCAGCGAGCGGAGGACCUCUCUGCCAAACUUGGGAAGUUCAAGGCGGAGUGCCAGGCCCUUCGCAAGUGGAUGGAUGAAGUGGACGUGUUUUUGCGAGAGGAGCGCCCGGCCCUCGGGGACACCGACACCCUGGAGAAGCAGCUGGACCAGUGCGGCGCGCUCGUGAGCGACAUCAACACGCUGCAGCCCAGCCUGCGCAGCAUCCAGGACCUGGGCCAGAGCCUCAAGGGCCAGGCAGAGGCGCCGCUCGCCACGUCCAUUCAGGCGGAGCUCUCGGCCAUCUCCUCGCGCUGGGACACGGUCUGCAAGCAGGCGAGGGCUCAGAAGCAGGUGCUGACGGAGGCUCUGGCUCGCACGCGGGAGCUGCGCAAGGACCUGGCGGAGAUGCAGGAGUGGAUCACGCAGGCCGAGGAGGAGUACCUGGAGAGGGACUUCGACUGCAAGACCCCCGAUGACCUCAAGUCUGCGGUCGCCGAGCUCAAGCGUGCCAAUGAGGAGCUGUCACACAAGGAGGUGAAGGUGAAGAUACUGAAGGAUGCCGUGACUUCGUUCGUUGGCAAGAGCUCAGGACCCGGGCGUGACAAGAUUAUGGGCGAGCUGUCGGCUGUGUUGGCAAACUACCAGCGCCUUUGCAGCCGCCUUCAGGGCAAGCACACAAUGCUGCAGGAGGUGUGGGCGUGCUGGAGCGAGCUUCUCUCCUACCUGGAGGUGGAGAACAGGUGGCUGGAUGAUUUGGAGGGCGCAAUCAAGCGUGCGGACCUUUCCCAGGGAGACCCGGAUGCGCUCUCCGCCGCUCUGAGUUCCCUGGACGUGCUGCUGGCCCACCCGACGGACAACAGGACCCAUGUGCGUGAGCUCUCGCAGACACUCAUUGAUGGCGGCAUCCUGGACGACAUCAUCGGAGAGAAGCUGGCGGCCUUCAAUCUCCGCUGGGAGGAGCUCACCCAGCAGGCCGCCCAGCGCCGCGGCGCUCUGUCCCGGCUGCAGCACGACCGGCAGGAGACGGACCGCGCGCUCCGCACCGUCGCGGACGGCCUCUCUGAGCUCGACCGUCAGCUCGCCAAGCACCUGGCCGACAAGGUGGAUGCGCUGCAAGUCCCGCAGGAGGCGCAGAAAAUUCAGACGGCUCUCAAGACGUACGAACUGAGCCUUCAGCAGCUCGGAGCAGAGGGUCGCUCUCCACGCCUCAAGGGCCAGCUGGAAUCUACGCAGAAAAAGCUGGGGCAGGUGGAGACAAAAUUCCGUCUCUUCCAAAAGCCGUUGGACUUUGACCGGCGCGUGACGGAGUGCCGGCGCAUCUUGACGGACGUGAACUCGGAGGUGCCGCUCGUGAAAGUGUCGAGUGCCGAGCCGGAGGGAACCCAGGCCCAGCUGGAGCACUGCAUGCAAUUGUACAAGACGCUGAGCGAGGUGAAGACCGAGGUGGAGGCUGUGAUCAAGACCGGGCGGCAGAUCGUGCAGAAGCAGCAGACGGAAGACCCCCAGGAGUUGGACGAGCGGCUCACCUCCCUCAAGCUGCUCUACAAUGAUCUGGGUGCCCAGGUGACCGACAGCAAGAGCGACCUGGAGAAGGCGCUCAAGCUGGCGCGCAAGCUGCGAAAGGAGAUCGCCGCCCUCACCGAUUGGCUGGCGGCCACCGACUCGGAGCUGACGCGCCGCUCCGCCGUGGACGGAAUGCCCGAGAGCCUGGAGACGGAGCUCGCCUGGAGUCAGGCGACGCAAAAGGAGAUCACCAAGCGGCAGGGCUCGCUGGCGGCCGCGGCGGACACGGGCGCAGCGCUGCAGUCUCUGCUCAAGGGGCCCGAGGGCUCGGCCAUCGACGACAAGCUCAGCCUCCUCAACAGCAACUGGAUCGCGGUGACGGCACGCGCCGAGGAGUGGCUCAACCUGCUGCAGGAAUACCAGGCCCAGAUGAACAGCUUCGACCACAACAUUGCGGAUAUAACCACGUGGAUAUACCACUCGCAAGUUAUGAUGGACGACGCGGAGAAGCUGUCGGCCCAACAAAGGGAUGAUGUGUUUAAGCGUCUGCAGUCGGAGCUGCCUGGUACGAGCCAUAAGGUGGAGGUGGUGCACGACCAAGCGGGCGAGCUGAUGGCAAACCGCGGCGAUUACUGCCGCCGACUCGUGGAGCCCAAGGUGACCGAGCUCCAUCAGAGGUUCAACUCCGUCGCUCAGCGCAUCAAGACCAGGAAGCCCAUAUCGGUGAGCCCGGUCCCAGUGGUCGCCACACGCGAAGCUGAGACGGUUCCUGCGUCCCCUCCGGCCAGCGAUGUAAUUCAGCAGAAAGUGGAGCAACAGAGGCGACUCUUGGAGGCCAGAAAGCCGAUUGGCUCAAGCCACGCCAAAGGCAGCUACCGAUUGGCUAGCUUGUCGUCUGUUCGGUCAGAAGAGAACUCGCCCGCUCCCCACAGCACCAAAUCCCCCUCCCAUAUCGUCUCGCUACAGGGAGGGGAGCGCAUGGCGUUUGGCGACGGCACGGACGGGCCCACGUCGCCGGAGGCCGCUGCUACCGCCGGCAUCGUCUUUGCGGCGGCCUCUCGCGAACAGGGCCUGGAGCACGCCCUGAGGCAGCUCGACGCGGACAUUCAGCGCGGGGAAGAUUUGUACGAGGAAGAUUUUGAAGAAGGAAAGGAGGAUGUUGUUGAGGGUUUGGUGGAAGAGGCUUUGAAGACGGGGGAGCAGCUACUGAAAGAAACGAAGGAUGAAAGCGAGAGGGAGAGAAUCGGUGCCAAACUCAAGGCGCUGAGGAACAAGUAUGCGACGAUAAAGGAGGUCAAGAUUGUACGUCGACAGAAGGUGAUGGAGAUAUGGCCAAGUUGGUACCAGUACAGGCGGGAGACGGAUGAUAUGAUGCAGUGGUUGGAUGACACGGAGCAGAGACUCACUGGAAUGGAGGGGACGCCCAAUGAGCUGGAAGUUCAGGAGCUGGUGAAGCAGCUGGAGGAGCGCAGGGAGGGCUACGAGACGCUGCAAAGGCGGGCGCAGCAGCUGGCACGCGGUGGCGCCGCCAAAGCUCUGGAGCCCAACAUGCUGCGCCUCACCAAGCGCUGGCGGGACCUGGAGAGCCACUUCCUGCAGUUCCGCAGGGCGCAGCACCAGACGCAAACGGUGUUCAGCGAGACAACGGUCACCGUGACGACGGUGGGGUUGCCAGGGCAGCAGCACCAGCAGCCGACGGGAACUGCCGAGUACCUGCUGGACAUUAACGAGCUGUUGCUGUCGUUAGCGAGGGCCGAGCAGGCCCUGUACGGACCCGAGCUGCAGGGCGGCGAGUUCGAGGACUUCUCGCGACAGGAGGCCACGCUGAAGAGGAUCCGGACAGAGCUGGACGGCGUGGAGGACGCCAUGCUGGGCGUGCGGGAGAGGCAGCCGGCCAUGCUGAGGGCUGCGUCGGCGGCCGAUGUGCCUCGCAUCGGGGCGAGCCUGACCCGCCUCGACACGGAGCGCUCGCGCGUCAACCAGGCCUACGACACGCGCAAGCGGCGCUUCGAAGACGCCACGGAACGCUGGCAGCAGCUGCACCGCGACAUGGUGUCCACGGUGCAGUGGCUCAACGGAGCGGAGCAGAUCGUCGGCGAGGUGCAGAGGACUGACGUGGAGCCAGCGUCCGCCGUGGCUCACCUGAAGAACCUGGAGGAGCAGAUAGAGCAGCAGUGGCCAGCAGUGGUAGCCCUUGGCUCAGCGGGCGAGGAGAUAAGAAGGCAGUGCUCCCCGGCGGACGCGUGUGUUCUUCGCGAGCGCCUCGCUGAGGUUCAGCGCCGCUGGCAGGAAAUCUGCUCAGCGGUCCCUCGCUGCCUCGAACGGUUUGAGGAGGGGACAUCUCUGCAAGCGUCUCUGCGUGAGAGGAUUGAAAGCCUCUCCCGCUGGCUGGACGAAGCCCAGAGAAUUGUGGGUAUUCAGCCGGACCCAGACAACGAGAUCCAAAUCCAGGAAACCCUGGAUAAGGUCAAGGGAAAGCUGAACGAGUUGGCAGAGCGGCAAGCAGAGCUGGCCAGGCUGGACCACAGCACAAAGGACCAGCCUCAGGGGCCCCGGCUGUCUCAUGACCAGAGGGAAGGCCUGAGAGCGGAUCUACGGCACCUCAACACCCGCUUUGCCACGGUGUCGGGCACGCUUCCGGAGCGGGACAGGCACCUGUCGGAUCUCCUGCGCACUCUGACGGAGCUGCAGCAGGAGGUGAGGCAGCUGGGUGCCUGGACUGCCUCCACCAAGGAGCAGCUGGUGACCUUCCAGCGGGCGGGCGUUCCCGCCGACUCGUCCCUGCAGGCCGCUGAAGAGACGGUGCGAGCCAAGAAGGCCGAUGUAGAGGAGACAAUCUCAAAAGCGGAGCGGCUGGAGAGGAAGGAGACUCUAAAUCCAGCCGCAAAGGAGCGGCUGGUACAGCUCAAAUCCGACUGGGCAGUUUUGAAUGACCUGCUCAAAGACCUCAAGCAGGCAACGCCUGAGGUGAAGAAAGUGCCCGGAGCCCACACAGCUGUACAGACCCUCACCGUGGUGACGGUUACCAAGGAGACGAUCGCCAUGAAGCCCGAGGCGGGCGCCACGGCGACGCCGCCGCUGGCGGCCGAGCUCACCGAUUGGCUCACGCUGCAGGAUCACAUGAUCCGCUCGCACGUUGUCACCGUCGGGGACCUGGACGAGAUAUCGGAAGCAAUACGGAAGCUGCAAAGGGUGUUGGCAGACCUGGACCAGAGGCGACCUCAGUUGGAAGAGCUCAUCACGAUAUCUCAAAACUUGAAGAACAAAACGGGUGACCCAGAGACUCGAGCUAACCUCACUGGAACCAUCGACCGCGCGAUGACGCUGUACGAGGACCUGCAGCGACGCGUCGCCGGGCGGCAGGCCCAGCUGCAGGAGAUGCUGCACGACUCGGCGCAGUGGCACGAGGGCCGCCAGGAGGCCGAGCGGCUCGUGGCCGCGGCCGAGGGACGCCUGGCGCGCCUGGCGCAGCCCCCUGCCAACUCGAGCGAGCACAUCGCGAGGCAGAUCGGCGAGCUCAAGAGUUUGGCCAAGGAGCUCCGACAGUGGCAGAUAAGCGUCGACGCGGCGAACGACCUCGCCCAAAAGCUGCUUCGCGACUACUCCGCCGAUGACACCCACAAAGUCGAAGAGAUGACGGGGAAACUCAACAUGGCUUGGUCGGACAUCAUCCGACGCCUGAACGACCGCGAGGCCGCCCUGGAGCAGGCCGGCAAGCGCGUUCAGCAGUACCACCUGGACCUGGAGCGCUUCCUGGCGUGGCUCUCCGAGGCCGAGACCACGGCCAACGUGCUGGAGGACGCGAGCCAGAAGGAAGGCGUGCUGGAGGGCUCGCGGGACGCACGCAACGUCCAGCGGCAGUGGAAGGAACUGCAGGCAGAGAUCGACGCCCAUCAGGAGGUCCAGCGAGGGCUGGACGAUGGCGGCGCGCGAGUGGUGGCCUCCCUGCAGGGCACGGAGCCAGCCGCCCAGCUCCAGCGCCGGCUGGACAACAUGAACCGCCGCUGGGCCGACCUCAAACGCAGGGCGCUCACCAUCAGGGCUCGCCUGGACCGGGAUACCGAGCAGUGGGGGCGACUCGGUCUCUCGCUGGAGGAACUCAUCGCCUGGGUGGACCUCAAGGACUCGGAGCUCGCGAGCGAGAUGCCCAUCGGUGGAGAGGUGGCCAUAGUGCAGCAGCAGCUGGACAACCACAGGGUCUUCCGCCGGGAUCUGACCGGGAAUGAGCCGACGAUCUUCAACGCGCUGGAAGCUGCUCACAUGUUCCUGGCGGAGCAGCCUAUCGAGGCUCCCACCGAGCCUUUCCUCGAGCAGAGAGACAUUACGCAGGAGGAGCCCGGUCGCGCGUUCGCGCGGUCCGUCCGCCGCCAGGCUCUGGAACUGCAGCAGAAGCAGGAGCGACUGUGGGCCCUCUCCGACGACUGGCAGCGGCGCCUCGAGCACGCGCUGGAGCGGCUGGCCGAGCUCCAGGACGGUGCCGACGGCACAGUGGUUCGCCUGCGCCAGGCCGAGAUGCUGCGCGACUCCUGGCCGCCGGUCGACCAGCUGCUGGUCACGUCCGUUCCCGAGCAGGUCGCCGCGGUGCAGGCGUUCCGGGCGGAGAUCGCUCCACUGCAGGAGGAGGUGCGGCAGGUGAACGACUUAUCACGCCGGUUUCCGCCGCUCGACAUCCAGCUCUCGCCCGCCAACCUGCACCGCAUCGAAGACGUCAACAUCCGGUGGAAACGCCUGCAGAUCUCCAUAGAGGAGAGACUCAAACUGCUUAUCGAAGGAACGCAGACCGAGACCACGACGCAGAGGGUCCUGUCAGAAUCUGUCCAGACUCCCUGGGAGAAGGCCGUUUCCACCACCAAAGUGCCCUACUACAUCAACCACCAGACUCAGACAACUUUUUGGGACCAUCCCAGAAUGACCGAACUCUACCAAUCACUAUCUGACCUCAACAACGUGCGAUUCUCGGCCUACCGCACCGCCAUGAAGCUACGGCGACUCCAGAAGGCACUCUGCUUGGACCUCGUGAGCCUGGAUGCGCUCACCAACGUGUUCGAGCAGUCGGGCCUCAAGCAGAACGACCGCCUCAUGGACGUGUCGGAGGCCGUCGGCUGCCUCACCACCAUCUACCAGGGCCUGGAGCGCAAGCACAGCGACCUGGUGAACCUGCCCCUCUGCGUCGACAUGUGUCUCAACUGGCUGCUCAACGUUUACGACACGGGGCGUGGAGGCAAGAUACGAGAGCUGUCCUUCAAGACAGGGCUCGUUUCUCUAUCCAACGCUCACCUCGAGGACAAGUACAGAUUCCUGUUCAAGCAGGUGGCGAGCGUGUCGGGCCUCUGUGACCAGCGGCGCCUGGGCCUCAUGCUGCACGACGCCGUGCAGAUCCCGCGGCAGCUCGGCGAGGUCGCCUCGUUCGGGGGCAGCAACAUUGAGCCCAGCGUGCGCAGCUGCUUCCAGUUCGCUAACGGGCGGCCCGAGAUCGAGGCGACCAUGUUCCUGGAGUGGAUGCGGAUGGAGCCACAGUCCAUGGUGUGGCUACCCGUACUGCAUCGGGUGGCCGCCUCGGAGACCGCCAAGCACCAGGCCAAGUGCAACAUCUGCAAGGAGUGUCCCAUCGUUGGCUUCCGGUACCGGAGCCUGAAGCAUUUCAAUUAUGACGUGUGCCAAAGCUGCUUCUUCUCCGGCCGGACAGCCAAGGGCCACAAGCUCAGCUACCCGAUGGUGGAAUAUUGCACGCCGACCACCUCCGGCGAGGACAUUCGGGACUUUGCUAAGGUGCUGAAAAACAAGUUCAAGUCCAAGAAGUAUUUUGAGAAGCACCCACGGAUAGGGUACCUGCCCGUGCAGACGGUGUUGGAGGGAGACGACCUUGAAACUCCAGUCACUGUCAUCCGUUUGGUGCCCGUUGCGCUUGCGCCGUCUCCAUCUCCGCAGCUCUCGAACGAAGACACCCAUGCCCGCAUCGAGCACCUGGCCAGCAGGUUGGCAGAGAUGGAGUUCAAGAACGGAUCUUUCCUGAAUGACAGCUCGCCCAAUGAGAGCUUGGAGGACGAGCACUUGCUGAUCCAGCACUAUUGUCAGAGCCUGAGUGGAGAAUCCCCAGGCAGCCAGCCGCAGAGCCCCGCACAGAUCCUCAUUUCUCUCGACAGCCAAGAGCGCAGCGAACUCGAGCGCAUCCUGCGGGACUUGGAGGACGAAAACAGGAGCCUGCAGUCGGAGUACGAUCGCCUGCGGCAGAAGCAGGAGCUGGGUGGCCUGGGCGCGCUGCUGCCGGCCCCUCCCACCAUGCCACCUGAGAGCCCCCGUGACUCGGAGCUCAUCGCAGAGGCCAAGCUGCUGCGGCAACACAAGGGUCGGCUGGAAGCUCGCAUGCAGGUGUUGGAAGAUCACAACCGUCAGCUCGAGUCCCAGCUGAUUCGCUUGCGGCAGCUGCUGGACCAGCCCCAGCAGGAAGGCAGGGUUAAUGGAACGCCGGCACUGCCGUCGCCACCGCCGCCACCACCGCCCCCACCACAGGAGGAAUCCCACCCUCUGAGUAAUGGAGGAUCUGGAGGUCUGCGCCCUCCGGAGCCCACAGAGGUUCGCCCAAGGAGCCAGCUCAGAGAGGUGACGAUGUAGGCACGGGUGUCCCGACGGACGAGGAUGCCGCAGGGGGCCUCGUCAGCGUCUUGCCAGCCCAGCAGGACACUGCAGGCAGGGAGUAGGGGAUGCCCAUUCGUUGCCCGCCAUCCCCACGGACAUCCCAAGGAAGGCGUGCAUUGCUCUUCUGCACACGCGAUCUGACCAUACAGCACCUGCUUUUGUGCAUCCAUCUCACCAAUCCGACCUAACAAUCCGCAGCUCCAAUAUUGUACUCUCCCCUUUGCUUUGCACAUCACGAAGGCAAUGAUGGAAAUAAGACAAAGAGUGAGGAAGUGUGCUUUUUUAUAUAUAUUUUCUUCUUUUAUUUCCAAUAUGGAAAGUUGAAAUGGCCUAUUGGCUCACGCUCCAACUUUGUAAAUCUCAACACCUGUGUUUAAGCCUGUUGUUGGUCAGUGAAUGGGAGUUUUCCAUGCUAUGCAAUUGUGUACACAUGUAAGAAAAUGUCACCUUUCACUAGCUGCUGACAGCCCAGUGCUGCCCUAUUUGACUGCCCUUUGUGAGGCCACAUUUUCUCCGGAUUGUUAAAAAUGAAUGUUUGUAAUAAUAAGAGUUAUAUACUGAAAAGAAGACGAGAAAAACACACACACAAAAACAACAAAAAAAACUUUACAAUAACAAAGGGUACUUUUAUUAAAAAAAACGUAAAUCGAAUUGAAAAAUGAGAUAUUGUAGGGUUUAUACAGUGUAAAAAUAUAAAAACAAAUGUUUUAGCAUCAAUGGGUUUAUUCAUCGGUGUAUGUCUACUUUUAGAAGUUAAUUCACCCAAGCCACCGUAUUUCUGGAAACGACUUGCAACGUGCAUCGCUGAAGAUGAUCAGAAUGAGAUUUUUUAUUAAAAUCAGAAAGUGCAUCAUAGUGCUUCAUGGUAAAAAAAUCAUAGGUUCCACUCAAUGUUGAUGGGUUUUGGCAAAUCGUGGGUGUGUUUUUAAGUGAAGCUUCUUACAAUAUCCCGUCACACGGAGCACAAGCUGGUGACUUGCUGGCACGAUCAAUACAGAGAGCUGAUGCUCAUUUUCCACCAUGAAAAAAAUUGGAUAUUAAGAGCAAAAAAAUCCCCACCACACCCGACCUUUUAAAUAAAUGUUCCUAAAAUUUAUUAUAAAACAGACAAUUUUAAUGUUUAUUUACUAAUUGUACAUUAGAGUUUUUUGACAGGCAUACACUCAAAAAUUACCAUGUGGUGUUUUCUGCGAUGCUUCGGUGAUUUUUUUUUUGUUCAGACAGAAAAAAAAAUUAUCCGCACUCUUAUUUUCAACGUAUUUUAAGUUGAAGUGCGCGCAUGUAUCCACCCAUGAGUUUUCUGACGGCAAAAUACUAAAAACCGAUUAGGGCAGAAGGUUUUCACCUAUACGAGCUUUAACGUUGAAUCUCUUGUAUUCCAGACAUUACACAGAGUCCCCAUGCCUGCUUGUCAAAGCGCGCACGCUUCCAGGACUCGGCAUACAGGCCCGUUCAUGUUCACCCUUUACUGCUACUUUUUAUAGUUACACAUCUGCCUUCACUGUGACGCAAGUUGAAAAGAACAACCGUGUCCUGCUCACUCUUGAAGAACGCCACCUGUCCACGUGAACUCAUUACCCAUUUUUAUUUUAUCUUACCAGGUAAGGCCCAUUGAGCUAUGCGGCUCUUCUUCAGAAGCGACCUGGCCACGAAUGAUUGCUCGACGAAUGUGGCUUAUCACGUGGACAUUGAUAGCAGCCAAAUCGUCUAAACUGCACGUUCCAUUCUAAACUGCAAAUAUACAACAGGCGUCAGGGUCGGUGUCGAACACCAUGAACCUCCUGCACACCAGGCGAGGGAGUUAACAUCUCGGGCAGGCACCCCUGAAACCGCCCCACUCAGCGCACACGCGACCCCCGUCAAAACCAUCGCUCGACAUUCUCUCACACGGCUGUCACGGCGCAAUGUUUGGACAAAAAAGCGCGCGGCUUUUCUUUUCGCGCCUUUGAGAUCGCUUCGCAAAAAUCACGUUACGUAAUCUAAUUUUGUAUGUUACGAUCCUUUAAAGAUAAAAAAACACGUAAAAACCGAAAAAAAAACGACGCGAUCACGAUGAUGAUGAGAUGAGAGGGGGGAAAAAAAACCACAUGUAUGCCAAAUAAUGCGGAGCAGCGUGCAGCUGGUGUGUGUGUGUGCGCGCGCGCGUGUGUGUGUGUGUGCGCGCGUGUGUGUGCCAUAUUUUAUAUACGGGAGUCGCAACAAGAUUUGUCUCCUAUUGCAAAGGUGCCUUACUUCAUAUACUCUCCAUUACAAAAGCACUGCACGCAAACAGGCAGCAACAUACCUAUAUGGUGUGUUCGUAUGUGGCGGCCGUGUGUGUGUGUGUUGAAAACUUUAAUCGUUUUGACGGUAUAUUCUAACAUUUGUUUUCAGUUUUGUUUUAUUUUCUGAUGUAACACACUACAUUACUAUAAUAAAGACAAAUAUAUUAAAAUA